AUGAACCUAAAGCAAGGAUUUUUAAUGCGUCUUAUGAGACUGAAUAUAUGUAAAUUACUCUUUUACGAAAUUCAAAACAAAAGUAAGGACAGGCACUCAAAAUGUAGGUAAUUGAUAUUAGAUAGUAUGGGAAUUAAAUAUUAAAAUAUGUAGAUCAUAAAAUUUAAUAGUUAUAGUUUAGUUUUAAUAAUAGCAGUGGAUAAAUAAUCAAUUAUUGGAUACUUUUGUGAUAAAUUGAUGAUUUCAAUCACAAAUACUACAUUUUGCAAGCACAACUUCAUUGAUGUAGUUUGA